GCUAUCAAUUACUUGCCACCACUAAAAACAAAACUACAUGAAAAAACUUCAUAUAUUCCACCAUGUCUCAGGAGUCCAGUGUUACAAGUGAAAUUCUAAAUGAGAAAAAUAAACAAGAAGUCCGUUGUCGGUUUUGUAACUCACUAAUGCUCAAAGAACAAGAGGGUACCUACGAAAGUAAACAGUUUGACUUGCCUCUGACCCACCAGAAGAAUACCAAAGACAUCAACACAAUCGAGACUGAAUCGUUGAGUGAUUUUUGGGUCAUCAAUGAUAUGUUUACAUUCGAGAACAUUGGUUUCUCCAAUACAGUGGACAAACGGAAAUUUCUUAUCUGCGCCGAUUGCGAUAUGGGCCCUGUUGGCUACCAUGACAUCGAUACGAAGAAAUGUUACGUUGCAUUAAAGAGAGUGCAUCAUGGCAAAGAACCGGCCAAAACUUUAACUAAUAACUCAUAGAUAGUAAAUAAAUGAUCAAGGCAUUUGAAGUAUAUACUUAUUAUAGUAUAAAAGACAUUAAAUAUUUUGCCGUACAUUA